AUGUCGGAACAACAACAACAACAGGUGAGAUCUCACUCCACAACAACCACAAGGCCAACAACAACAACAACCAUGUUGUCUGAAUCCCAAAUCACUUCCGACGCGUCGUCAGUUGUUGUUGUGCGUUCGGACGAAAAAACUCACAAGAAAAUCUAUUGUCAAAAAUGUGCGCACGAAAUGCAACAAGUUCAAGAGGAAGGACUCUCUAGCAACAAGAACAACAACAAUAGGACGAAAAUUUCACGAAUGAAAUGCUUGUCUUGUGGUUUUAUUCUCUAUAAUAAUCCAGUGCCUGUGGUGGCAGCGAUUGUGGAAUGGAAAGAUCAUGAACAUUUGGUGUUGAUUCAGAAUAAGACUUGGCCUAGUCAUUGGUAUGGAUUGGUUUCUGGAUUUGUUGAAUGCAAGGAGGAUCCUCUCGAUGCUGUCAAAAGAGAGGUACAAGAAGAGUUAGGAUUGCAACAAGUCAUUGUAACUCCACAAGAUUUAAUUGGAGUUUAUAAUUUUGCAUUCAAGAACGAGAUUAUUAUUGUGUAUCAUGUUCAAGUGUGUGAAGAUUCAAAUGAGGAAAUCCGUAUUGAUACCAACGAAUUGAGUGAUUAUCAAAUGGUGAGAAUUGACAAGGUUCGACCUUGGAAAGCUGGAACUGGUUAUGGAUUACGUGAUUGGCUUUUGAAAAAAGGAUUUACAGAAAAUGCAAACAGCUUUAUUGAUCCAUUUCAAAAGAAGGAGAGUGUGGUGGAUACACCAAGUAAGCUUUAA